AUGGCGUCUUAUUCUCAACCUGCCAAGCCUCUCCCACUAAAGAUCUCCUCGCCAAAUGGCGGAGACCAACCGAACUAUGUUAUUUUCAUGCCAGACCAGCUGAGAUAUGACUCCCUCGGCUGCACUACAGAUGGCAAAGCCGGGAUCAACACUCCGAACAUCGACGCCUUCCGUCGUCGCGGUACCUUAUACACCAACUGCUUUACUCAAGCCUCAGUCUGCUCACAAUCAAGAUGCAGCAUGUUCACCGGUUGCUACCCGCACGUCAGCGGUCAUCGCAGUCUCGAGAACCUCAUUAAGCCGUGGGAGCCCAAUAUUUUCCGAAGCAUGAAAGGGAAUGGCUACCACAUUGCCUGCUUGGCACCUAGAGGUGACACGUUUGCGCCAACAGUCACGGAACUCAGUGUGACCGAGUACGGGUUUUUAGAAACGCCUGAAUUUAUGCCGAAAUUCGCGGGAGGGAGGAGCGAUGAGAAUGUCGACAAGGAGAAUAUUUGGAACAGGCUGUUUUAUAAAGGCUUGCGCAACGCGAGUCAAGCUCUAGACUACGACGAGGCGGUCGUACGGUCUGCGUUGAAGUGGCUUGAGUGUCCGCCGGACGAUAAGCCGUGGGUACUCUUCAUGCCUCUUCUCUUCCCACACUGCCCUUUUCAAGUGGAAGAGCCCUAUUUCUCAAUGUACGACCGGGACAAAAUGACCGCUGUCAUCUCUAAUCCAGAACAGAAAACAGGCUACGAGCCUCGAUACAUGCAGGCCAUCCGAGAAAGAUACGGUACUGGCCGCGCAACGGAGGCGAUUUGGAGGGAAGUGAAAGCCACAUACUUUGGAAUGAUCACUCGCUUGGAUGAUCAGUUUGGACGCAUCUUGAAUAAGAUAGACGAACUUGGGAUGUGGAAGGAUACGGUCACCAUGUUCUUUACUGAUCAUGGGGAGUACCUCGGAGACCACGGCUUAAUUGAGAAGUGGCCAUCGGGUCUAUCUGAGACACUCGUGAGAGAGCCGUUGAUCAUCGGCGGUGCUGGACUACCCGAGAAUAAGACCAUCAAUACCAUGACGGAGAUGGUCGAUUUAGUACCCACCAUGCUCGAAUUGUCAGGCAUCGGUGAACACUUUCCUCAUAAUGGCAAAUCGUGGAUUCCGAUCCUUGUCGGUGAUGCAACAGAGCAUAAGGAGUAUGCAUUCUCAGAAGGAGGAUUCUUGACGUCUGAGGAGCCCUUGCUUGAACAGGCGCCGUACCCAUACGAUAUCAAAGCGGGCCUUCAGCACGAAGACACCACCAUCGUCGGGAAAGCGAUCUCUUUGAGAGAUGAAAAGUAUGCUUAUAUCUAUCGUUUAUACGAGCCCGCGGAGCUGUACGAUCGCGUGUCUGAUCCGCAUGAGAUGCAUAAUCUGGCCGCUGAACAUACAUACAGUGAGUUGGUAGCAAAAUACGAGAGGGUAGUCCUUCGCUGGCUUGUAGAUGGUAGCGAUUUCCUGCCGUGGCAGAAAGACAAUCGAUUUCCGGAGGUGAAUCUAAAGAGUCCAAAGCAGCAGAUGGAAGAGCGUCUGAAACAGCGGGGUCAAGCUUAG